CGUUGUCCAGACUCACUCUUUCUGAAACGCAAAGUGCGGCGCUGUCCAUGUUGAGGCAGAGCAAGUGCCUUGAGGGGAGCAGUGGAGACCAGCGGCUCCAGGACGUGUUUGUGUUUGUGGCUCUAAAUCACACUGCUCCUCCACCUGCUUUGGUAUGACAACUGCGCAUCCAGUUUUGGGCGUGACAAACAUCUUGUGUCAGAUUUGGGCAUUUUUCCAGGCUGAGUGGAGGUGCGGAUGACUUGACUUUGUUGUAUCACCAUCACUCCUCCUGCUGAUGUGUUUUGGACGUUUUCUUAGUGGUUUGUCCGUCCAGACCAGAUGUUCUGGACACGGACACACACACAUAGUCGGGGCUGCCGCUGCGGAUGUCCAGUGAUUUAUUUGCUGAUGUAGUGCUGGUCAGGGGGCUGAAGUUGAAGUCUUGCUCUUGAAGGUGUGAGCUCCAAAUGCAUUCGCUCCUGGGCCGGGAGAAGAAAGAAGAAGAAGCCGGGUUUGGGAUCGAGCUGGGUCUGUCUCCGGGCUUUCUGCCCCAAGCUGCCACCAUGUUCAGCUGUGUGGGCUGCUUCUGGGUGCUCCUCUCCUCCGCUCUGGUCGCCGUCUGCAGUUUCAGCUUCAUAUCUCCUGCCUGGAUUGUUAAGGACCAGCUGAGGAACAGUCACCACCAUCACAGCAACAACAAGGACUCCGUGAGCUUCGGCUUGCUGUGGCACUGCUCGGAGUCUCUGGAUCACAUGUACCGAUGCUACACCUUCGGGGGACUGGGCAAAUUCGCAGAGAUCCCCUCCAGCUCCUGGCAGACCAGUGUGGUGCUUUGUUCAGGAGGCUGUGCUCUGCUGGCUGUCAGCUCCCUGUUGGCCAUCAUCACCAUCUUCCUGCCCAGUGGAGGAUGUGAGAGGAGGAUCUGCACCCUGGCCGGAUACAUGCAGAUGGCUGCAGUGUUCAUCAUGGCUGCUGGACUGCUGGUCUACCCCUUCGGCCUAAACUCCUCACUGGUCAGGUCCUUCUGUGGGAACUCUGACAUCUACUACGCUGGCGAGUGCCAGAUCGGCUGGGGCUACAUGCUGGCUAUUGUCGGAGUCAUGCUCACCGUCUUCUUACCCUUUUUUGCCAAAUAUGCGCCGAAGGAGCAGCUGUCCCCCACUCCUUUGCCCACACUGUUAUAGUGCAUUGAUACGAUGUCUUGUUUUUUCCCUCCUGACCACUCUCUCUAACCUGGGCUUGAUGUCAUGGAGACACACCUGCAUCCCAUUUUUAAAGGCGAUGCUGUUUGGGAAGCCCCACUCAGUGAUAACUGAAGCUGACACUCAACAACAAACACUGUCUUCCUGCAUCUGUUAUGUAAUUAAUUCAAAUUCAGUUAAUUUAAAUGGAAUGUUUUAUGUUACAAAAAUACUCUGUAGUUAUGAUUCAUUUGAGGGUAAAAAUUCUGAGUUUUCUGAAGUUUGACUUAUCUGUUUUCUUUAUGUCAGUUCUGGAGAUGAUGCAGUCAGAAAAUGCAAAGACCUAAUUUCACAUGAUUUAAGAAAAUGACCACAAACAUAACAAGUACUUUCUAAAAAUGUAAGUGUUUUUUCCCCUUCCUUUCUUACAUGGGUAACAGUCAACAUGUAUAACAUUCCAAAACAGACUGGAAGUUGGCUGCAUAAAGAGAAUGGAAGCAUGAGAUUGUGUGGCAAUAUGACUCGUCCAAUCAAAUAAUGUUUCAGUUAGAGGUUUUGAAGAACAUUCAACUCAAUGAGAGCCCCUUUGAACGGUCGAAGAUUGAGAAUAUGCGUCUCAACUCUUAAGGAGUUGCAUCUAUUGUUUUGUGCUGAAGCAUUUGAACUGUACAUAUGGUCUGGAUUUAACAGAGCUGAUGUUUGAGGUUUUAAAAUACCACAUUGAAAGGAGAACGCUUUGAACGAUUUUUGCUCUCCAGACUUUUUCUGCCUUCCAGUCUUGUGACCAGGCAGUGAACUAGAGGGAGUCAAGAAGACAUUUUAGCUUUCAAAGACAGUGCAUUUAGUAACUGUCACAAAGAAAAGGACAGCAUCAGACCUGCCGAGAGGACAAAUGGAAAUCUCUCCUCAUAACAAGGAAAUAAAUCAUACUAAGUUGUGGUUUCAGUGCAGUUGUAUGUUGGGAUAUUGCAUCCUUUUGUUAACGUUUUCCCCAGAAUUGUUUGUGUAAUGUAACUUGCUUGUUAAACAUAAGCAAUUUUUUUUUUCUGUCUAAAACACACAAUACAAAACACUCUAAUUCAGGAAAAAAAGAUUGCAAAAGGCAGGGAGAUGUAGGAAUUUUGUCAAAAAUGCAUGAUAAGAUGGGCUUUGUUAAUGGUAGAACAAUUGAUCUAGAUUUUAAAUGUGAUUUGACCAACUUGUGCCUUUUAACAUAACCAAGACAAGUGUUUAAUACAAUUAUCAGGUUAUCAUCUUUUCUGCUGAAAAACUGUGGAUCCUGUUGUGAUGUGUUUUUUUUCUCUAUUAUAUUUUUUCCUCUCAGAGGUAAAGGGUUUCUCCUGUACUUGAUACAGUAUGAUCUCAUUAACUUGAGAAAAUGUUCUGGAGGAUAAAAAAAGAUGAUGUCUUCUAAUCCUUGGAGGUAAUGGCAGAGAGAAGGAAAAAAAGAAAAAGCAGUAUACUUGUGUUCAAUUUUGCCCUGAGACAUUUUUGCCAAUUAUCUAGAAAUGGUAACUUGAAUUGCUAUAUUAAAAGGUUGUGACAUGCAGCUAACAGAUUAAUUCCUGGCAUCCUUGCCUUAUGUAAUAUAGAAAUUGAGUGGUAGAGGAGGGAGCUGUACAAAUUGAACUUCGUCUUUGGUUAUCUGUGCUGAGCUGACACAUUAUUCACAUUAUGUGUAAAAUGUGGCUUAGAAUAAUUAGCUCCUCAAAUAAGCUAAUGCUACUGCUGAUGUGUUUUUGUCAACCCACUCCUUUUAAGUGCUGGCACCAUUCCUGUCAUGUUCCAAGGACAAAAUGUCUACUUCUCCACUUACUGUCCCUGUACACUGCCAAUUUCAUCAAGCUAGACUCCCUUUCCUAGUGGGUGUUUAUGUGCGUAUUAGUGUUAAAUAAUGGGUUGCAUUUUGCUAAUGGGUUAAUCUUUAGAUAUUUCCCAAAUUUGGGUUCCCAUAAUGACAUGUCGUGACAUUAAGAAAAUUACUGUGAUUAUGUUGCCAUAUUUGGAAGGUCAGGAGUUGGUAUUGUAUUGGACCUCAUACUGUGCUUGACUGUGGGAAUGACUAGCGUGACUGCACUGGACUUGUUCCCAAAUUUGUUGACCCAUUGUGUGUAAAGUCUCAGCACUGGUGAAACUGUUUUGGUAGAGUAGAAUUAUUGUUUUUUCCAUUGUGAUGUUUGACUGUAAAUAAACUAACUGUACUUGAUAUCA